CCUGACUGCCACUUGCUCGCUGUCGACGACGACGACGACGGCGAUAAUCGUUUAUGGAGGCCCCCAUCGUCGACGACGCGCCGUCGAGGACAACAAUUUUAGGCUCUUUUCUUCGUGGUCGACCUAGAAAUUCGUCUAUUCACAUCAACACCGAGCAACAACAACCUCGAGAGGUCUCCCCAUCGCCACCGCAGCCGCCGUCGCCGAACCCACGACGACGAGGGCCGAUAGUACCAGGGCUCAUGCACCAACAACCGUCGAACAGCGGCUCGAACGGCGGGUUGGGUUUCUCCAACAUGUUGCGGCGGCGCAGGAGCGCGGGGAACGUCGCCGCCCAACCAGCGCAGCCCCCAGUGCCAAUACCGAUGGCCAACUCGACGACGGCGCCGCCAGCGACAGCGGCGAACACCAACAACCCAGCGGGGUCGUCGUCGAACGCAGUGUCGACGCCGAACAACAACCCCUCUCACCGAAUCAGACUCGUCCCCCACCUUGACAAUCGACGAAACCUGCGGUUCGAGGCGAUAACCCGUGAGCUGCGCGAAGGCGACCCGGCCCUCAGAAUCGGACGAUUCACCGACAGAUCAGGCCUGGGGCUCGCCGCUGUCAACGCCAUGAACUCGAACAAGCUGGCGUUCAAGUCCAAAGUUGUUUCGAGGGCUCAUGCAGAGAUUUGGGCAGAAGCUGGAGGGAAAUUCUACAUCAAGGACACGAAAUCGAGUUCAGGGACGUUCCUGAACCAUGUGCGGCUGAGUCCAGCGAAUUCAGAGUCGAAACCGUUCCAGAUCAAGGACGGCGAUAUUCUCCAACUCGGCGUCGACUAUCAGGGAGGCGCAGAGGACAUUUACAAGAGUGUCAAGAUUCGUAUUGAACUGGGACGAGAGUGGCAAACUACAGCCAAUGCUUUCAACACAAGCGCAGUAAAGAGCCUCAAGGCUAUCGCAGGGCCUCUAGCUCAAGCGAACAACCUCAAAGGGGGCAAGCCAGCCAAGACCCAGCUGGGCGACUGCUGCAUCUGCCUGUUCCCGGUGACCAUCCGCCAAUCUUUGUUCAUCACCCCUUGCUCCCACACCUUCCACUACAAAUGCAUACGCCCACUUCUCGAACUCCACCACCCAUGCUUUUCGUGCCCCCUAUGCCGCACAUUCGCCGAUCUCGAAGAAGACGUCGAAGUUGAUAUGGAUGUCGAUAUUGACGAUGACCCCGCGGCUUCGGAUGAGGGCGAGGCGGCGCCAGCAGCUGCAGAGGCAGAGGCAGGAGGGGGAGAGGGGGAGCCCCCUGCUGCGAAUCCCGACGCUUUGGCAGCCCCUCCAAGGGAGACCGGCGCGGAGACAGAGGUUGAGGGCGAUGCAGGGCCAAGCCUUCUCCGACCCCGCCGAAACAAUAACGAGAAUCAGAACCCCUCGGCGCGAAAUACGGUGUUUGGGCGCGGAUCGCCUUUCACGGACGACCCGGUCGAGGAGGAUGGCGUGCUCGUCGAACACGAGGCCAGUCCCGAGCCCGGUACUAGUCGCGCUAUGGACGUGGAUGGUGAAAUGGGCGGAGUGGUCUCGAUGGACGAAGUGGAUGCCACCGUCGGAGGCAAGAGAAAACGGUAA